AUGCCGGAAACUCUUUUCACAGAUAUCGGAGAACUCGAUUUUAUGUUCCCAGAAAGACAAAUUGAAUUGGACGAAUCCAUGCAAUGGAUCGAGAGCUCAGCUCAAAUGCUGCCAGACAUCCUCACACCGUUUCCUACGGGAGGAUACAAUUCCCCACCAUCUGACCUCGACCAGCGGUCCCUUGAUAUGACUGCUGUCGUUUCGACUGCUGUGGGCCAAAAAAGCCAUGUGGAGCCCAGCAAUGUGGCCACCAUAGAAGCUGACGGAUCCCCUGGAUUUUGUCAGGAAAGUGAGAGAGCUGUCAGCGAUUUCAUACAAUUGUUGUAUGUUGUGUUUCCAGUGAUCGAUCGCGACUCGGUUUACAGGCAACUUGCCGCUGGGGACGGGGAAGCCGACCCUCAAUUUCGGGCGUUGCUCUUGGCCAUUCGUAUGAUGAACCAGGCGAGACAGUGGAGGAUGACGGCGGCAAAGGACGCCGAAACGCCCCUGGUCGAGCUUAUCCGACAGGUCGAGGUGGAAAGAACGCGCACAGAUUUUGCCGAGAGCCCUUCUCUUGAUACUGUUGUCACCAGUCUUUUCCUCUUCUGCGGCUACAGCGUUCUUGAUCGCCACAAUCGCUCAUUUCUUUACUUGGAAGAGGCCAUCAACAUCCUGGAGAUGAUAUCGAUCUCUGAGACCAAUCUGGUGCCUAUCAGAAACCCGAGAUAUGCACGAAUCCAAAUGGUUUUGUUCAAUACCGAAUCGGCAACGUACUCCAUCUAUGGUCGGAGCCGACGGCGUUCCCGGCGAGCUUUCGACCCGCUUCAGAUCUACAGCCUUCUUCAGACCUCCAUUGACGGAGAUGAAUUGGAGCAGAGAGCAUAUGCGCUCCUCCGUCGGUUAACUCGCAUCCAUUUCAUGUCACUUCCAGGUUCUUCGAGAUAUCUCUUGGCACAACUUGGAUUGCAAUUGGCCAGGGACGAGUUCGGGAUGACUUCGCAGGAUUGGGCUUGCCUCCUCCAGGGCGCAUCGGAUACGAGUCACGACGAGCAACUCUUAGCGGGCUGGCGAAAGCAGACCGCUGACGUCCUCAUAUCAUAUCAAUGGAGAUGGCUUGAAUUCAUGGCAAGACAUGUUUGCCCAGACGGGCGACAAACAGCUCCUUCUGCAUUUUCCGAUUCAGAGCCGGAUUUCUUGCGGUCAUUCUACGACGGGGCGCUGACAGUUCUGUCCUGCACUAGUGCUCUAAAGAAUGGUGAACUUCGCAGCAUAGGAUUGGGCAAGCUGGUUGAUAUGACACUGAUAGUGCACAGGCUUGUAGGCAGUCAGCAUCUUGAGAGGGGACUGGACAAGUACAGGCACGUGUUGGUAGGAUUGAUCUCGACAAUAACCACGUGGGAUUUCGAGAAAGAAUUCUCUUUGGUGCUGGCGGACUGCAUCAAUGAAGUCACUGGACUCAGUGCUCCUCGACAAAGUCCCUGGCGUUUUGCGAGCGCCGAAGUGGACACCGAAGGCAUUGGGAGGAGCAACCUUGGAGUGAACGGCUUGCAACCUACAGAUCUGGAAGGGUUCCAUUUUUCUCGGCGGAUGGAUGGCUAA